AUAACAUUGAUAUUAUAUUACCGUCGCUUGACGUGCUAUUUCGAAAUAUUAUAGCGCGGAAGUAUUGUUUGAGAACGUUACAAAAUAUCAUUGUAAAUAACGCUGUAAUGAUGAUCACUUCUCGCUUGCUGAAAAACGAAUCAGCCUUCGCAGGACUGAGCUAGUGCUGCGCUGGAACUUUCGACGUUAAAUCACACACUCGUUCUAAAGAUAAAAAGUGCAAUUCGAACUGGUCAAUCUCGCGAAAUCGUAAUUAUAUGGCCGCCGAACGUGGCAGCGAAGAGCGCGCAUGCGCGACUUCGCAUAUACCGCAGCGAGCUCGGCGGAGUUCCCAGCACUCGGUGGCACUCGUUGACGUGAAUCUCACCGUUCGACGUGCAUCAGCGGUUCGUCGUUCGUGUCCUCGCCCCGUGUUACGUACGUCUCCGAUCGACGGGACUUUAAUGUGUGACUCGGUGCGAGAUGAAGCUCACACGGAACUGUCUCGGCAGUAUCGCCAAGAUGCUGGACUUUUACUCACAGUUCAACCCUUCGCCGCUCUCGAUCAAGCAGUUCUUCGACUUCGGUAUAAGUGCCUGCGAAAGGAAGUCUUUCAUAUUCCUUAGGAAGGAGCUGCCGGUGAGACUUGCCAACAUUAUGAAGGAAAUUCACUUGCUACCGGACAACCUGUUGAAGAUGCCCAGUGUGGGCAUCGUAAAUAAUUUAUAUGCCACAUCUUUUGAGGAGAUUAUACACUUUGAGAAGGUCGAGAUCAACGAUGACAAUUUAUACAAAUUCUGUCAGGCUUUGAUCAAGAUUCGGAACAGACACACCGACGUCGUCCAGACGAUGGCACAAGGCGUCCUGGAGCUCAAGGAUUCCCACGAUGUAGACAUUCAAACUGAGAACAGCAUACAAUAUUUCCUCGAUAGAUUUUUCAUGUCGCGCAUUUCAAUACGUAUGCUGAUCAAUCAGCACACGCUCCUUUUCGGUGGAUUAAAUGGGCACAAUAGACACGUAGGAUGUAUAGACCCGUCCUGUGACGUGAUAGGCGUCAUUAAGGACGCUUACGAGAAUGCACGAUUUUUAUGCGAUCAAUAUUAUAUGGCUAGCCCGGAACUGAUAAUCAAGCAACAUAAUGAGCUUGUGUGCAGUACUGAGAUUAGGAUCAUUUAUGUGCCGAGCCAUUUGUACCAUAUGCUAUUCGAGAUCUUCAAGAAUAGUAUGCGAGCUGUGAUGGAGCAUCAUGGAGAGGACUCGGACAAUUAUCCGCCGGUUGAGGUUGUGUUGGUGCGCGGUAAAGAGGAUAUCUGUGUGAAGAUAUCCGAUAGGGGCGGCGGGAUACCUCGCUCGCAAACGGACCAUUUAUUUAAGUACAUGUACAGCACUGCUCCGCAACCGAGCAGAUCAGAUGCGCAUACGGUACCGCUUGCAGGAUACGGCUAUGGCCUCCCCUUAUCGAGGCUGUAUGCUAGGUAUUUGCACGGCGAUAUCGUUUUGCUCAGUUGCGAGGGCUUUGGGACGGACGCUAUUAUUUAUCUGAAGGCGUUGUCCACCGAGGCGAACGAGCUGUUGCCAAUAUUCAACAAAAGUUCGUCGAAAUUCUAUCGAACGCCGGUGCCUACUGCGGACUGGAGCAGUCAGUGCGGCGGUGGAAUGGCCACGAGGCAACUCAGUAUGGGUCACAUGCAAAACCACAGGCUCCCUCACGGGAUACAAGGUAGUCAUAGCUAGCAGAAGGCGAUCGAUGCGGAUCAGGAAACGAUAGAGGAACUCGGAAAAGUCUUCUGACUUCGUGAUUGCAAGAAAUGAUGUUUAAGUUUUCUUGUAACUACUUACGGAGGCAAGAUGGGUUUAUAUACGAAACGAGUAUUGGAGGGCUACAGGAGAGCUACAUGAAGGACAAUUAGAACAACUGAACGAAUGGAAUGCUACAUCGGCCAAAAAUAAUAUUGAUAUUCUUGUUUGUGCCGUAAUUAUAUUACAUAUCAAAUCGAUUAUUCAGAUUUGAUACGUUGGGAUUUUUUAUUUCUACCAUAUACAUGUAUACACGCAUACAUGUGCGUAUAUAUAUAUAUGUGUGUGUGUGUGUAU